AUGUCCUUUUGCUGGGAGGCAGACGUUACGUCCGACUUUGGGUCGAUCUCAAGUCUCAGUGCCAAUGACGACAUAGAAACCUAUGUGGCUAUCCAUGAGUCAUCAGCGGUACCCUUGACGAACGGAGAAGGUUAUGAGAUGUCAAACUCAGAUGGGGAAGCCCCUGUUUCGAAACAGGAGGUACAGCCUCCACUGGCUUCUUCCAGCAACAAACCAGGGCCGGAAAUGGGUCAGAAGAGUGACAAAGUUAUUCUCGCCAGACCCGUUCCGGUUGGACGGCCGUCGCGUCCACGGUUUGAACAUGAGCCACUCAAAGAGAAAGGAGAGGAAAUCAGGAUCCUGACGAUUCUACCAAACAAAAGCGAUAAUCUGUCUGCUCCACUCGAAUGCAAAAUCAGACAUGUUUCAAUCGAAAAAGCUAGAGGAUACACGGCCUUGUCGUACGAAUGGAAAACCAAUGUCGCGAAGGCAAGCAUACUGAUCCACGGAGCAACCUUUGCCAUCAGUGACAAUCUGAAGCACGCACUGCUUAUUAUGCGCCAUCACGGACACGAGGACAUGUGGGUGGAUGCGAUAUGUAUCAACCAAAGAGACGAGGGUGAGAAAAGUGCACAAAUGAAGAGGAUGUAUGAAAUCUAUCAGCAGGCCUUGGAAGUGGCUGUUUGGCUAGGUCCUGCAGCAGACCGAUCAAACGAGAUUAUGGACGGUCUGGCUAGGAUUUCCCGGACAGCCAACCAUCGAUUGACCCUAAAAGAAUUACCGGCCCCUGCCGAAACUGAAGCAAUCGACAAGUUCUUGUCGAGGUCGUACUGGGAGCGUGUCUGGAUUGUUCAAGAAGUCGCAGCGGGUUGUUCUGUCCAGAUUUAUUGUGGGUCGAAGAAGGUGUCAUGGGAGUAUGUCGCAUACCUCAGCGAUGUGUGGAAAGAGUUUCGACAAGGGGAGGGGAAGCUCUUGCUGGCAUGCACAGUGUGCGAUAUCCGUGCCAGUCGAAUCCACUAUGAACGAAAACCGAAGGAUACCCUUCAAAUCCUGUCGGAGACGCGGCACUCCAAAGCCACACAUGAUGAAGACAAGGUGUUGGGCUUGUUGGGUCUCACCUCUGACUGGGCCCGAUACAACACUGAGAUCGACUGCAGCCAACGUCCUCGCGAUAUGUGCCUUUCAAUGACUGCAGGAGCCAUCACACAGAGCCGUUCGCUUGACAUCAUCCUCCUUGGUCGCAAGCUCGCUUCUCAAAAGCCAUUUGUCAGAAAUGGUGAACUGCUCGACAACCAGCGACCUCUACCGUCGUGGUGCCCAGAUUUUGUUCACUUUAUGCCCUCUCGAUCGGAGGAAGCGAUGAUAUCAUACCUUGGAAACCAAGGAAAACGCGUUUUUGGGAAGCAUCGUAUUCGAUUAAGUACCACUGGGAGCAGUACCCUCCGCAACGUCGAUUUCAAGUUGGACUUGUCUGCAGAAGUGCUGCAAGUCCGAGGGCUGGAGAUUGGCCUAAUUAAGGCCCUUGGAUGUGCCGCUAACGAGGAUGCAGGACACCUGAAUCAGGAUGAGAGUGAAUUUCAAGUGCGCAAUCGGGACGAUGAAGCCAUAUACAAUGCGCUUAGCAGAACGCUGUUAAUGUACGACGAAGAGUACGAUUUUUACGGAGAGUCUCCGACAUUUCUGAACUGGUUCACGCAGGGAACAUAUCAGAGUUGGUUUGGUGAAGAAGAUCACCGGGACGUUUACUCCUGGUUCGACAACAACGAAGCGCUCAUGAUCCACGGCAAGACCAUGCAGGAGAGAGUCGAGUGGGGCAAGAAAAAAUGGAUUGGGCCCCGAACCUUCGUCCGGAAAGUUUUCGAACUACCUCAGGCGGUUUUCCAGCGAAGGGCUCAGCCUAUAUCGUUCUUUGCCGAAGGCCAUAUAGUAGCGGCAAUCCGUUCCGCUCUGGAUGAAGGCCUUCGACUCAUGACGAUCGACAGGCACCGGCGAAUCGGCUGGGCAACAGAGGGAGCGAUGGUGAAUGAUAAAGUCUUUCUUCUUCCUGGAUGCACCUUGCCCGUCAUAUUAAGGCCCCGAGCAAACAAGGGUGGAUAUAGUCUUGUAGGUCACGCGUACGUCCACGGUGUCAUGGAUAACGAAGUAUGGAGCCAAGUGACCAGCUCACAGAUGCUGGAGCUCGUCAAGAUUUACUGA